AUGCCAGACUAUUGUUAUUACUACGAAGCUGUAGUUCUUAAUUUUGGCCGUCAUGUUUUAAGAAACCAUAUGACGGAGAAAGAUGUGGCAGAAAUUUCAACAAAACCAGUAGGGAGCAAAGAAAGAAGAGAAUUGUUUGACAAUCUUAGAAGAAAAGGAAAUUUUCUGGCCAGUGGAGGAAAGUGCUUUAAAGCAGUAAGGCAAACAUAUGUUUUAGAAAGGACAUUAUUGCCCUGUGAUAAUUGCUUGGGAUUUUUCUCCUCAAAACUUUUAUACAGGCAUAGAAAAAAAUGUUUAAAAGGUACAAAUCCAGUAGGUUCAGCUCAGGCUGCGGGUCAGUCAAAACUACUUAGUAAUUUAAAAAUAGAUAGUCGUUUAAAAGAAGAGGUCUUUCCUCGCAUGAGACCUGAUAAAAUUUCCUUGGAAGCCAAAAAUGAUCCUUUGAUCCGGGCAUUUGGAACUAGAUACUUAAAAACCCAUAGAGAAAAACAUUUUAUUCAUGUUACUUCGAGAAAGAUGAGAGAGCUUUCUAAAAUACUUCUUGAAAUGAGAAAAUUAGAUACAUCUAUAACGACAAUGUUUUCUGGAUUACAACCGAAAUUUUUUGAUAUGUUUGUUGAAGCUACAAAAUGUAUAGCUAAAUAUGAUGCUGAAAAGGAUGUUUAUCACUCGCCAACCUUUGCAAUGAACAUUUGUACUUCGCUUAAAAUGUGUUGUGAUAUUGCAAUCACAUUUGCUUAUAAAAAACAAGCUCCUUAUGUUUCAGUUUCUAGUGCUACCUUUGAAGCAGAUCUCAAAACUUUAAUUCAUCUUUUUGAAACAAACUGGAGUUUUGAAGUUUCGUCCCAUGCAGCAAGUAACCUUAAUCUAAACAAAUGGAACAAGGUGACAAUAAUUUCUUUGGCAAGCGAUUUAAAACUUUUAAGACAGCACUUAAUUAAAAUUGCCGAUAAUGCUUUACAAAAUUUAAAAAAAUAUAAGAAUGAAAUUGCCACAUCAAUAGUUCAAGAAACUGAUAAUACUUUACAAAGCAAAAUAAAAUUAGGCUUUAAUGAUUAUAACAAACUAAUUGAGUCUGUUUACUGUAGAGUGAUUUUGCUUAACAGAAAGCGUUCAGGGGAGAAAACAUUCUUUUAA